AUGAAGCUUUCUUUGGGCUUCCUCCUCUUCUUUCUCUCCGUCUAUGUCAUUGCCGGUGGCAUAGGCGGAGCCUACGAACGCAUCUUCAUCUGGUUUGCCUACCAAGCAACCAUAGAUGCGUGGUAUGCGGACGAAAAGAAAGUCGACGUCAACAAAUUGGACAUUUGCAGGGGCAAAAAGGGCAACGGCCGCUACGGCACCCUCAACUACAACGAGUUCAUCCAGUUCACCAACAAGUUCGACAGGAAUGGCGCAAUUACUCUGCCUGCUCUCAAGUCCUUCACUCCUCCGGACAACAAUAUCGACCGCGCUGCUCAGAAUCUGCUCGAUAAUGGUGGCGUGCGCCCGACGUGGUUUUCUACAAGGGAUGUUGUCCAAGGUGCCAAUACCUACGACUCUCUCGUGCGCACAGCUGGUGGCGUCCUUUGGGAUGCCAAGGGUUAUCUCCCCGACAAUGGCGCCAAAAGCAACUUCGUCAUCAAGGCCGAAGACGCCGUUCACAAGGUGGUCCAGUGCCGUACUGUGGCAUACGACUUCUACAGAAUUCCAGAGAUGAAAAAGUACCCCGGUUUUGAAAAGUACAAAAUCGAGCCCUUCUACUACAACCUCGGCACCGUCAAGGGGAGUCAGAAUGCCUACAUCGACAUUCCCCAGAUGGCCCACGACAAUGGUGUCACCGAAGCGACUCUUAGGCAGGAGAUUGCCGACUUUGAAAAGAACCAUCUCUUCCAGGACCAGACUGGUAGUGGGCAGUUUGACAGGAACGGUGUUGAGAAGACCAAGGGUAAGAGUGCUGAAGGGCACAAGUGGGCCAUUGAAGGGGCUGAGGAUGGAGAAAAAAUUGCCAAGACUGGGUCUUGCUAG